CUGUUUGGAAUUGUGGGUAACACUUUAAACAUGUGCGUGUUUGCCAAACAAGGCCUGACCAAAUCCAUGAACGCAAGUUUCUUUGCGAUGACCAUUUCGGACGCAUCAGAAAUAGUUUUCCAGAUCUGGCACAACUUUUGUUUGAACCCAUACGCGCAGCAGAUAGACUCCGUCGUCGACUUCGUCGAAGUCCAGUACCUGACCGCCGGAAUCCCCAGUUUAUUUUUUAUGAGAAUCACCGGCUGGAUAACGGCGUACAUAACAGCAGAGAGAUGUCUAGCAAUAGCGCUUCCCUUGAAGAUCAAACAGAUCUUAACCGCUAGACGCACGGUCGCCAUUUUGGUUUUCAUCUACGUCAUCAACAUGGAGUCCCUCAUCCCCGUUUAUUUUUCGGCGUAUUUUGUUUGGAAGUUCAUCCCGGCGCAGAACAGAUCAAAACUCGGAAUAUCCUUCAGAAGUAGCAAACUGGAAAUCGGAAAGGUUAACUCGUACUUUCACACGGCGAUGGCAAUGUUUACCUUCGCGUUGGUCGUCAUGUUUACCGGCGUUUUGGUGUUGAGGUUAAAACAGAAAUCAAAAUGGCGCCGCAAGUCGACAUCACGAGCUCCGCAGAUGGAGAAGAUGUCACGGGAGCGAAAAACGGUUGCCAUGGUGACAGUGAUAGCUGCUGUGAUGAUUGCGUGUUACGCCCCUGGUAUUUUAUUGACCAUAGUCGCAUUUGUGGACUCCGAUUUCAGGAUCGCCGGCCCCAAGACCAACAUUUACCAAGCGGCCUGGUCCUUGGCUUUUCUCCUCCACUCCGUCAACGCAAGCGUCUCCUUUCUCUUGUACUACAAGACGAGCUCCAAGUAC